GUUUCCCGUAAUCCAUAAUUCUGGGAUAUCGAACGAACCCGUCCACCGCCUGUUUCUCAACAAACCCCCGCCUUUCAACGCAGCCCACCACCCCGCCGGCGCUCACGGAAGAGAAACAAUUGCACUGGCUAUUUUUCCGUUUGUUUCCCUAUUCCCCGUUCCCAUACGACCGACCUACACGGCUAGAUUACCACCCCCCCAGCCAUGCCUCCCACGAAGCUCCCGGAAUCCGGCAACGCGCUGGUCUUUUUCGACAUCACGCUUGGUGGUAUGUAUCAAUCCAUUCGCCAUCGGGGCUCAACUUUUCCUCAUGUCUUGGCCGGGUGCUUCGGGGAACGGAACCUCUGGACUGGUACACAUCGUCCUGGGCCCCUUGAAGUCUUGGGGGCCACGAAGCUAUUCGCAGGUCUGGUGCACGUGUGCAUAUGCCGAGAGAGACGGGUCUUCGCAAGGUUCCGCCUUACAGGCUGGGCACUCUCGUCCACGAACGAGCUGGGUUGUCUUCGUCCAGAGGUGUCCGGGGUCUUGGAACUGUCUCCUAGGCCACAGAGAUGCUACCGUCGGCGGUCGAACAUGACGGCUCAGUAAUCCCGGCUCCGAGGCUGCGAACUUCUGGCGUGCUUCGGCUCUCCGGUGUGACCAUCUCUCGGUCUGCGAUUUUGCCCGGCUCCUUUUCCAAAGCCCCAAAGUGAGCCUCUCGGCCGCAUCACAUUCGAGCUCUUUAAGGAUGUCGUCCCCAAGACGGCCGAGAACUUUCGCCAGUUCUGCACCGGCGAGUCCAAGGAUGCCCGA